GUCAAAAUUGUGAGUCCAACAAGUAUCACCACUUUCUAACAUUAGAAAACUUACUAGAAACCCCAACCAAAUCCUCGAUUUAUUUUUUCAAGUGCCUUCCAGGACGAAAUCCAAUCUCCUGCAACCUGUGCGGGGCAAUCAUCCGACCUGCCACCUGGGCGACACACUUCAUUCGAUUGUCGGAGGCUUAGAUUGAUGCCCGACGGCUUGCCGAAAACUCUGCGAAACAAUUUCAAAAUUUCAGUCUCUGAAGGGAAAUCAAAAUCAGAAUCCAGUGCAAAAUGACUGUGCUAACGGGAGCCUCAUCCGCGGGAUUUCCCAGUGCGAUGCCGGCGAAGCGGAUCAGCUCUGCCCUACUCCCCCGGUCCACGGUGGUACCAUAUAACUCGGCAAGGGGCACGGAGAUCCCCAAUCUGAAGGAUCUCUUGCUCCUGCAGCGACGUCUUCAGGUUGAUUUCCUGGCCUGUGAGGCUCUGUGGACGAUUUUCGUGGCCGCCGCCUGGAGCUAUCGCUACAGGACGCGGCUGAGGCCUCUCCCUGGUCACUGGGGAACCAUUGACCUCGUGUGCAACACCCUGGGCGAAGCACCCAGACUGGAGGCACUGCAGCAGCAGCUCAUGCACUGCGAUUACGAGGCCUGCUCCCCCAAUGUGGUUCGUUUGCUGACGGACGUAUUGGUGGAUCAGGCCGAUCGCGUGUCCCUGAGCUCCCUGCGACCCAGUGAGUUCGGUGAGCUGUACUCACACCUGGGUAUGCCUCCUCCCAGGCGUCCACCCACCCAGAUCUUCGAGGUGCGAAUGGGCGGAGAAAACCAGAGGGGUGAGGCCUACGCCCGUUUGAGGCAGGACAACAGGGAGUCCGUUCGCCUGGGCUUCUAUGGCUGCAAGUUGGAGAAGCUCUACGCCCUACUGAACGCCAACUCCCUGAGUGAUGGAAGGUUUCUGGAACUCACGAGCGAUGUGAAUGAGGCUUUGGCCAAGAGUAAGCCCCAGGCUGGAGUGGGUGGCUCCAGGUGCGGAUCCAUCCUGCGCUGCGUGGCCGUGGUGGAGUUCGUCUUUCAGGACAACGAAACCAGCCCGGAUAAAAGGCAUGUGAUAAUUAGGGAUUCGGAGACCAUGCAGGUGUCCUAUAUCCUCCUCUAUGGCCAAACUUGCCACGAACAUGCGGCUGAGAAGCACAUGCAGCUGCUGAGGGAACCUGCCCGGAAAGUGCUCAAUUGGUUAGAGGAGCAUCAGGGUGAAGCCAUUUCCUUGGGCGUCAGUCUGCUGAUCGUUUCCUCGAUGGCCCACUUGGGCUACAGUUUCUUUCGCCACUUUGCACGCACGGGAUUACACGUCCUCAAGCGGGGACUGCUGUGAAAAUUGAUAAUCGUAAACUUUUAUUCCACCGACUUCCAUAUCCUGUGACCUUGAACUGCUGCAGGGCUUUGUUGCCGACUUCAGUUGCAUUCCCCACUGAAGAUGGCCACAAAACCCAGUGGCAGGACAUCAAGUUAUGUGCGAAAUGAAUUCGAUUCUUCUCACA